AUGGCAAACAACCAGCAGCAAUCUGCUGUCGCCCAGAAAGCAAACUUUACCGACUUAUACAACCAGCAAGACCCGCGUGGUUAUCUUACAACCUUAGCGCCCUUGCAAUACACAAUCCCACAGCAAGGCAUCAGUGGAGCUCUGCUCCGACACUAUGUCGACAUAGAGACUUGGACCGGUCAUUACACGGGCUCGAAGCUCGAUCCUAAGCAGCAGGCUCUGGCAGACAGGGGGUUCUUUGCGAGUCGAGAACGAUCUCCCAAGCCCGUGGUGUUAGGGAUUGACAAGGCAGACCAUGCUGUUCGCUACGCCUUGGACGCCGGCUUGAUCGACGCUGGUUGA